AGCGUUUCCUAAUUUUCAGACGCUCACACUUCUUUCAUUCUUUCAAUGGCGGUUUACGCAGCAGCCGGUCGAUCGAGCGGACCGGUCAUCCGGUCCAUCACCAUCGCCCCUACCGCCGGUUUCGGCCACCGCUACUCCGCCCAUUCGCCGCCCUCCGCCGCCGCGCCGCCGUGCCGGAGGACGUGUCUCUGUGCUCCGACGAAUCACCCCGGCUCGUUCCGGUGCAGCCGGCACAAAGGCGGCGGGCCGGGAAAUAUCUCGCAAACGGCGGCCUAUGGGAGCUCCGGUGGCCGGAAUAUUUCGCGCCCCCCCACCGGGAAGAAUUCUCCGGCGCCGAUCGGUGGCGCGGAGGGGAAUUUGGUGAAGAAGGCUCUGGCGGCGUUGAUUCGGCCCUCUCUCCGUCAGCAGCGCCGCCGCGGCGAGUUCAGGUGCGGCCGGAGUAGGCUCUCCGUCAUGUCGAAGGCUUGAGAUGUGGGGAUGAUCGGAAUUUAGCUUUCGCGGCGGCGGCGGCGGUCGGCCCUUUUCCGUCUGAAGCGCCGCCGCGGCGGGGAAAAGGUUUGAAAUUUGGUGACUUUGGACGAAGCUGUGGCUACGGCGGCGAUGACGUCACCUCGCCGGAUUGGUUCUGAACGGAAAGAUUUUUUGUGUUCCGGCGACCGGAGAUGCGCCGGACGAUAAAAGAACCAAAUUGUGUGAUACUGUGAUUCGACUAUUGUGUUUUUUUUUUUUUACAUUACAUUCCAUUUGUAAUUUAAUGUAUACUUUUAUUUGAGAUAUCUAACAUUUAUUCUUUUGUAUU